UCUAUUUGUUCACUUUCUACUUUUCAUUCCUAAUCUCAGUUUGCAAAUUGGAGUUUUCUCAUUUCACAACAUGUUCACACAAUUGUAGCUCAUACAAAGAUAAGAUUCCCAGAAAUGGCUGCAGCCGCUCCUUCGCCGCCGCGCUGCUCACUCCCUCCUCCCCGCCUGUCUCUUUUCCGGCCACACAGCGGCGGCGGCGGUGGCAUCCAACAACCUAAAGCCUUCCACAGCUUCAUCGGCCGCGGACUAACCUGUCGAGCAACAACAACACCAACAGACAUUAACAACACGACGAAGAAGAAGAAGAAGAAGAGCAGAUACGAAAUCGAGAACUUAACCACAUGGCUUCUAAAGCAAGAAGUCGCCGGCCACAUUGACGCUGAGCUCACAAUAGUUCUCGCCAGCAUCUCACUAGCCUGCAAGCAAAUCGCCGCUCUACUUCAACGAUCCAACAUCGUCAGCCUCACCGGCACCCACGGAACCAUCAACGUCCAGGGCGAAGAUCAAAAGAAACUCGACGUGAUCUCGAAUGAGCUUUUCUGCAGCUGCCUUAGAUCGACAGGCCGGACCGGGAUAAUAGCGUCCGAGGAAGAAGACGUGCCUGUUGCAGUCGAGGAGACGUAUUCAGGGAAUUACGUAGUCGUCUUCGACCCCAUCGAUGGCUCCGCAAACAUCGACACGAGCUUAACCACCGGAUCGAUUUUCGGGAUUUAUGGCCCUGACAAGCAAUGCCUUCUCGACAUGGAUGAAGAGAAUACCACACUCGACCAAGCCGAGCAGAAGUGCAUAAUCGGCGUGUGCCAGCCGGGGAGCAACUUGUUGGCCGCCGGUUACUGCCUAUACUCAAGCUCUGUCGUGUUCACGCUCUCCAUCGGCCGAGGAGUCUACGCCUUCACCCUCGACCCCACUGUCGGAGAAUUCGUUCUCACGCACGACAACAUAAGGAUACCCGACGCCGGCAGGAUCUACUCUUUCAACGAAGGUAACUACGAUUUGUUUGAUCCUAAGCUACAAAAUUACUUGGAUGAUCUAAGAAAGCCGGCCCCGGGUUCCGACGGGAAGCCCUAUUCCGGGCGAUACAUCGGCUGCCUCGUUGGGGAGAUCCAUCGAAUGCUUUUGGUAGGCGGCGUCUAUGGCAAUCCGAACAAUAAGAAUAGCAUGAGCGGGAAUCUACGGCUGCUCUACGAAUGCGCGCCGAUGAGCUAUUUGGUCGAGCAAGCCGGCGGCAAAGCCAUCGACGGCUGCCGGAGAAUCCUCGACGUUGUUCCUGAUCAGAUUCAUCAACGGACUCCUUUGUUCAUUGGGAGCCCAAGUGAGAUUGAGAAACUGGAGAAGUAUUUGGCUUAAAAAGAGCAAAUAUCCAUUUAACGACUAAAAAAAAAAAAAAUGAAAAAAAGAGGAAAAAAGGGUUCCAAGAUCAACAUCGAAGUUCCAUUUGCUUGUUAGAUAAGUGUUCUAUCAAUAUUUUUGCACAUUGUCAA